AAACAGCAACUGAACUGUUCUCGCCGGGGCGGUUCAUACAGGGCUGGGCGUGGACUCUAACAGUCUCUUCUCCCUAUUCGAAGCACAUUGUUCGCCGUGAGCUAACCUCGCAUACAACACAGAACGAAUGCUUUGAUACAUUUCACUUAAAAUUGCAGUGUCUGGAAUAACAUACAUUUCUGUUGUCGAAACUAUUGAGACAUUCGUUGAGGAAACACCAUCUGGACUUCAACGCUUGGAACGCUCAGAAGCUACUGAGUAAUAAUACAUUGUUUCCAGUAGACCACCUCGCCCUCUUGAUAAUUAGGGUAGAGCUCUGCUUAUUAAGUGUGUGUGUGUGGGGAGCAGUGAGGAUGACGGAGUACAAGUUGGUGGUGGUGGGGGCAGGAGGUGUGGGGAAGAGUGCACUCACCAUCCAGCUUAUCCAGAACCACUUUGUGGAUGAAUACGACCCCACCAUAGAGGACUCGUACAGGAAGCAGGUGGUGAUUGACGGGGAGACGUGUCUGCUGGACAUCCUGGACACUGCAGGUCAGGAGGAGUACAGCGCCAUGAGGGACCAAUACAUGAGGACAGGGGAGGGCUUCCUCUGUGUCUUCGCCAUCAACAACACCAAGUCCUUCGAGGACAUCCACCAGUACAGGGAACAGAUCAAGCGUGUGAAGGACUCUGACGACGUACCGAUGGUGCUGGUGGGUAAUAAAUGUGACCUCCCGGCUUGUACCGUGGACACGCGGCAAGCCCAAGAACUGGCCCGCAGCUAUGGAAUUCCCUACAUUGAGACCUCGGCCAAGACACGACAGGGGGUAGAGGAUGCCUUCUACACACUAGUCAGAGAGAUCAGGCAACACAAGCUGAGGAAGCUCAACCCUCCGGACGAGAGUGGGCAGGACUGCAUGAGCUGCCGCUGUGUGGUGUCUUGAUGGAGGUCGGUCAUAGACUCAGCCCAU